GCUGGUCCUGAAACAUCAACAGAGCCACCAAGAUGUCAAUCAAACCACGUCUCCUCCUGGCUGCUGUGGCUCUCUGCUGCAUCAUCAGCCUGCAUGCGAAUUCUGCCAUGGCACAAACUGGAAGAAGGCAUCGGUGCAUCUGUCUACAGACAACCAAGACCCCAGUCCCUCUGCGUGAUAUCAAGAAAAUUGAGGUUAUUCCCCCUGGAGGAAACUGUCGCCAGGUUGAAAUCAUAGUCACCAGGAAGAAUGGCCCCCCUGUUUGCAUGGAUCCAGAGGCACCUUGGGUCAAUUUCAUCAGGAAACUGCAAGAACAGCAGAGGAGCCGUUUGAGGACGGAGACCCUCAACUCUACCACUGUCUCACCCACUACCAUCCCAGAUUUCACAAACUAACUUCAGAUAAAGUCUUCUGGAUACAGAAUGGCUUCAUUCCAGUGCAUGAAACUGUGUAUUAACAACAGGUGAAGGCACUGGUCAUGGCUAUUUUGGCUGACUUUUUGAGAAAAAAAAAAUCUCACGUUUCAAGAUGCCCUUUAAUGAUUUUGUGACUUUUGUUCUACUCAGUUUCUGUACAAACCAGUGUUGUUAACAGUUUCUAAAUGAAGCAGUAGUUGCUAAAAUCAUAUUUACUCCCUUCAGCUUGCUGUCAUUGGCUUAAAUGCCCAAAAUGAAUUUGCCUUUUUUGUGUGAACCUAUGAAAGAAUUGUAGGUGCAAUGCUGUAUUAGUACUUCAUGAAAAUUUUCCAUAUGUAAUAGGAACUUACACAAUGUGCUCACACUGUUUUGCUACAGUUUUAUUUUAGUCUGAAUGCUUUCACAAAUAGCUCAGUAUUCCUGAGUUUAUUUCUGUGCAUCACAUACGAUGCACAGAAAUUUAGACAUGUUUACAAUAUUUUUUGGCUAGAUAGGAUGUAUAUCAAACUCCAUAUCAAUUCUGCAAUGUGUUGUGUAGCUUGCAUUCAGCAUUUUAUAUUGGAAUUGCUAUAACCCCUGUAUCAUGUCAGUGAUCUGUUGAUCACAAAAGAAAAUAAAAGACAGAAGACUUCAAAAA